UAAAAAAGACUUCGCAGGAGACUUUUUAAGUCAAGCUUUCAUAUUUCUCUCGUUUCACAGCAAAGGAAACAAAAAGAAAAAAAAAAAAGCUAAAGAAAAACAAUGCAUUCUCUGAGGAAGAUGAUAGUAUGGAGCUCGUUUUUAGUCUUUUCACUAUCUUACUCAAUACUUGCUUUCGCUUCUUCUCCUGCUAAGCACUUGUGUCGUCCAGACCAGAGGGAUGCUCUCUGGGAGUUCAAGAGUGAGUUUCACUUCAGUGGGAUGGCCCCUAACGAGAAGACACAGAGGUGGCUAAACAACACUGAUUGUUGUUUCUGGGAUGGUGUCUCUUGUGAUCUCAAGACAGGGAACGUCAUCGAUUUAGAUCUCUGCGGCAGUUCUCUCAACGGCUCUUUGCUAUCAAACAGCGGUGUGUUUAAACUACAACAUCUUCAGAGCCUUAAUCUCAGCUCCAAUAAUCUCGCGGGUUUUCUACCGGACUCCAUCGGCAACCUCAAACACUUGACGGUCUUACAACUCUACGGAUGUGGUUUCUUCGGGAAUAUUCCUUCUUCUAUAGGAAACCUUUCUUAUCUCACUCAUCUUGAUCUUCAAGGCAAUGGUUUCACCGGUGAGCUACCAGAAUCUAUGGGCAAACUAAACCGACUAACAAAGCUGCUACUCUCGACGAGCAAGCUCAGUGGGAACUUUCACCAUGCACUACUCAACUUAACCGAGCUUACGUGGAUCGACCUACGUUCUAACAAUUUAGAAGGUAACCUCCCAUCUAACAUGAGUAGCUUCUCCAAACUGGUCACUUUGAUGUCGGUCAAAUUCAUUUUCCGGAUCAAAGGGCGAGUACCGGAUUGGUUAUGGAUGUCAGAGCUGGUGUACGUUGACAUUUCGAAGAAUGCUCUAACCGGCUUUGACGGACCAAAAGAUGCUAUUCAGACAAGUCCAUUAGAAAUGCUCGAUAUAAGUUCAAACGCUUUUCAAGAUCCAUUUCCUUUGUUACCAAACUCUACUAGGUUCUUUUCAGCCUCUGAUAAUCAAUUUUCGGGAGAGAUUCCGACGACGAUCUGCGGAUUGGUUUCUCUCGACACGCUUCUUUUGAGCAACAACGGAUUCAUCGGCUCUAUACCUCGGUGUUUCAAGAGUUUCAACACUAUGCUUUCGCUCUUGCAUCUCCGGAACAACAACCUCUCUGGUAAGUUUCCUGAGGAAUCUAUCAGCGUGGGAUUGAUUUCACUUGAUGUCAGUGGCAAUCAGAUAUCAGGAGAGCUUCCCAGGUCUUUGAUGAACUGCACUCGCCUCGAGUUUCUCAACGUUGAAGACAACAUGUUCAACGACACUUUUCCUUCUUGGUUGAGUUUGUUGCCUGAUUUGCAGUUUCUUGUUAUUCGUUCUAACGAGUUCCACGGGCCAAUAUAUUCUCUGAGUUUCCCCAGGCUUCGAAUCUUCGAUAUUUCGAAAAAUAUCUUCACUGGAGUCAUGCCGUUGGAUUACUUUGCUAACUGGAGUGCAAUGUCUUCAGUUGCAUACGUUACAGAUAACAAACAAGAGAGGUUUAUGGGAUUUAGCUUUUCGAACUAUCACAAGUCGGUGGUUCUAGCAAUCAAAGGUUCGGAGAUGGAGUUGCUUGGGAGUGGUUUCAGAAUGUACAAAACCAUCGAUGUCUCCGGAAACCGACUGGAAGGAGAUAUUCCUCAAUCCAUCGGUUUGCUGAAGGGACUGAUUGUGCUCAACAUGUCAAACAACGCUUUCACUGGCCAUAUUCCACCAUCUAUAUCAAACUUGACCAAUCUCCAAUCACUAGAUCUGUCCGAAAACAGAUUAUCUGGUAAUAUACCGCCAGAGCUUGGUAAACUCUCGUUUCUAGCGUUGAUGAACUUCUCCAACAACAUGCUCGAAGGUCCAAUACCACGAGGCACUCAGAUUCAAAGCCAGAAUAGUUCCUCAUUCGCGGAGAAUCCUGGCCUAUGCGGUGCUCCUCUUCAAGAAACAUGCGGUAGUGGAGGAGAAGAAGUAUAUGAAAUAGUAAAGGAAGAAAAUGAUCAAGUGUUGAGCUGGAUUGCUGUUGCAAUAGCCUAUGUACCAGCUGUUUUCUGUGGACUCACCAUUGGCCACAUUCUGACUUUAUAUAAACCUUACUGGUUCAUGAGGAUUUUUCACUCUUUUGCUUAACAGAGCAUCAGUUGCCGGAUAGUAUCUAUCUAUUGUCUUCUUCUUUUCUUUUUGUGGUCAAAUUAUCUACCAUCUUAUAAUCAUCUCCAUUGUUUUGAAUUUAUAUUGUAACGUCUUCAAUAAUUAUUUUUCGUUGUAUUGUUGUGAGAGUAUGCACUUUUUGGUGGAGUUGAUUUCCUUUA